AAGCGUUUUACACUUGUUCUUCUAUAUCCGGUGAGAAACUCGUGGGUUUAUCAUGUUCUAAAUUCCUCGAGUAUGUCGGCCCAAAAGAAGCAGCAGGGACAGUAUUUUAGUGAUCCACGGUUGCUGUCACGAGUUCGACAGUAUGUCAAGUAUGCUAGUGCCUCAAGGAAACCAGUUGUUGCCAGUGUUAUGGCUGAUGACCUACAGAAUCAAUUUGGCGAGUAUGCUAGGAAGAAGAAAAAUGCGUUUACGAAGUCUGUGGAAAAAGCUUACAAAGUCGUCUUAAAGGAAGGAGGAAUAGACAGCACAAGCCAACUGGAAGACCAGCAUCUUCGGAAAAGGCAAAAAACAAGUACAAAAAAUCAAAGAUCACCAGAAGAUGAUGGUGAUUCCUCAGAUUUAUCCGGAAGUUUCUCUUCCGAUCCAGAGAUCUAUGUAUCAUAUGAGGAGACAAAUGGCAUGAACAACAUGAUGACAAACCUCUACCAGAAAAGCCCAAAGCCAGUACCUUGUAAAGACAGUAGUAACUCAAAACCAUCAUCUCCCUGGUACGAUUCCAGUUCACAAACUUCCAAAAAGGACCAAGAUUCCGGAAUGUCAUUUUGUGAUCAGAUCAACAUAACUGAUUCUCCUUGCUCCAAUGUUUCAAAAGAGGACAAUAGGAGUACAAAUAAAAGUGUAUUUCUGGAGGAGAUGGAUUCUGGUGGUACUGACACCACAUUCUUUCUUGACAGGGUAGGGUCUAAGGGAAUUAACUCUACGCCUAAUGAUAAGUUUCUGGAUAAACAUAAAAAGAAACCUGUUGCUGAUGUUAUGGAUGUAAUUGUUCUGGAUGAAAAGGAACAUACUAAGAAAGGAAGUGUUAAAAAGAUUAUUAAAAAAAGGAGAAAUAAAGAUGAUGGUGAUAAUGAAAGACAGGCAAAGAAAAGCAAAGGACCAGAAGUUCAGAUAUCAUCAGCGACCUUUGCAGACUUUGGUGGCAAUGAAAAGUGUUUGAUGGAGGUAUGUAAGCUGCUGGUCCAUAUGAAACACCCUGAAGUUUAUCAGCAAUUAGGUGUAACUCCACCCCGGGGAUUCCUCCUCCAUGGACCCCCAGGUUGUGGCAAGACUCUCUUGGCCAAUGCUAUCGCUGGGGAGCUGGGUUUGCCUUUCAUCAAGUUAGCAGCCACAGAAGUGGUGUCGGGUGUGUCUGGGGAGUCGGAGGAGAAGAUUAGAGACCUGUUCGACAAAGCUGUCAUGUCUGCGCCAUGCAUUGUUUUCAUUGAUGAAAUCGAUGCCAUUACACCAAAGCGAGAGACUGCCUCCAAGGAUAUGGAGCGUCGCAUUGUUGCACAGCUCCUUACAUGUAUGGAUGAUCUCAGCAGUAAAGCCAGUGCCCAUGUACUAGUGAUAGGAGCCACCAACAGACCUGACUCAAUAGAUCCUGCUCUCAGAAGGGCUGGCCGCUUCGACAGGGAAAUAUGUCUUGGUAUUCCAGAUGAAAAAGCCAGGAAACGAAUACUGUUAGUGUUAUGUAGAACACUGAAGCUGACAGAGAAUUUUGAUUUAGACUAUCUGGCUAAAAACACUCCUGGAUAUGUUGGUGCUGAUCUCAUGUCCCUAGCUAGGGAGGCAUCAAUGACAGCUGUAAACAGAGUAUUCCAGGAGCUGCAGACCAGUGACCAAGUGGCCGGUACACCCAGUCAGGUCCCGCUCAGUAACACCACACCCAGUGACAUCUCUAAGGAGGGACAAACAGAUAUCUCCAUGGAGAUAGGCCUCAGCGAUUCUACCACUGAUGUGACAGCUGAAACAGACACACAGAAAGACACUGACGCAGAAUUACAAAGAGUGUUGGGCUGGCUGAAGGACCAUCCUCCCCUGAGUCCACAGCAGAUGCAGGACCUCUACAUUACGUUGGAAGACUUCAUGGAAGCCUUGAAGUAUGUCCAACCGUCGGCCAAGAGGGAAGGGUUUGCAACCAUCCCUGGUGUUACCUGGGAUGACAUCGGGGCACUGCACAGUGUUCGGGAGGACCUACAACUGGCCAUCCUCGCUCCUGUGAAACAUGCUGAUGCAUUCCACGAACUCGGGAUGAACAGAGCUCAGGGAAUCCUGCUGGCAGGGCCCCCGGGCUGUGGAAAAACUCUUCUAGCCAAGGCAGUUGCAAAUGAAUCGGGUAUAAACUUUAUUUCUGUCAAGGGACCAGAGUUACUCAACAUGUAUGUAGGAGAGAGUGAGCGGGCAGUCAGACAGGUGUUCCAGCGGGCUAGGAACUCUUCGCCCUGUGUGAUAUUUUUUGAUGAAUUAGAUGCACUCUGUCCUCGUAGAACUGAUAGUGGAGAGGGUGGCUCCAGUGUGCGUGUUGUGAACCAGCUUUUGACAGAGAUGGAUGGUCUGGAGGAAAGAAAACAAGUGUUUAUUAUGGGGGCUACAAACAGACCAGAUAUCAUUGAUCCUGCUGUCUUAAGACCAGGCAGACUGGACAAGACUAUUUAUGUUGGACUUCCUGAUUCAGCGGACCGUCUGGACAUCUUGAUGACUAUCACAAAGAAGGGGACAAGACCCAAGAUGAUGGAGGAUGUGAGUCUGGAGGAGGUGGCCAAUGAACCGAGGUGUCAGCGCUAUACAGGAGCAGACCUGGCAGCAUUGGUGAGGGAGGCUUCAGUGUGUGCUUUAAAGACAGUCAUUAACUCUACAGGAGAUAAUAAGCCCUCCCUCGUUGUCACCAGACAACACUUUGAAUUGGCCUUCACCAGAGUCCAACCAUCUGUGUCAAUGAAGGAUCAGGCAAAAUAUGAGAAAUUGAAGGAUUCAUUAUCCUCAGGAUGACUGAAGAAAUUUUAGCCGUUAAAUCUGAUAAAUUAUGAAUAAAUAUUUUAGACUGAA